AUGGACAAGGUCAAAGCCAAAUGCACACCAACAACUGCUCACCUUAAAAUGACAAAGGAUACCACUGGUGAAAAAGUUGAUCCAAGUUUGUAUCGAAGCAUCAUCAGUAGUCUAAUCUAUUUAACUAUUAGCAGGCCAGAUAUUGCAUUUGCUGUAGAAGUCUGUGCUCAUUAUCAGGCAGACCCUUUAACAUUUUAUCCUCAGAGUGCUAAGCACAUCUUGAAAUAUAUAACAGGAACGAAUUAUUAUGGCCUUUUGUAUACUUUUGAUACAACUGUUGUUCUUGUAGGCUACUGUGAUGCAGAUUGGGUAGGGUGCUCGGAUGAUUGUAAGAGUAUUUCUGGAGUUGUUUUUUCUUGGCAACAACUUAGUCGUCUGGUUCAACAAGAAAUAGAACAAUGUGUCUUUAUCAACUUCAGAAGCUGA